AUGGCCUCCCUUGCUGCAGCAAAUGCAGAGUUUUGCUUCAACCUCUUCAGAGAGAUGGACAACAACCAAGGCACUGGAAACGUGUUCUUCUCUUCUCUGAGCAUCUUCACUGCCCUGGCCCUGGUCCGUUUAGGUGCAAGAGGCGAUUGUGCUGCUCAGAUCGAUAAGAUGCUCCAUUUUUACCCCAUUUCUGGACAUGGAAACUCUCCUAAUAAUCAGGCAGGACUCCAAUCUCAACUGGAAAAGGUCCUCUCUGAAAUAAACUCAAAGCACAAGGAUUAUGAUCUCAGCAUUGCUAAUGGCCUUUUUGCAGAACAAGUGUUUGACUUUCGUAAGAGUUUUAUUGGAUGUGCUGAAAAAUUAUAUAAUGCUAAAGUGGAACGUGUUGACUUUACGAAUGACGUAGAAGAUACAAGAUUCAAAAUUAAUAGAUGGAUUGAAGGAGAAACACAUGGCAAAAUCAAAAACAUCUUUACAGAAGGUGGAAUCAGUUCCUCGGCUGUCAUGGUGUUGGUAAAUGCAGUUUACUUCAAAGGCAAGUGGGAGUCUGCCUUCACCAAGAGUGACACCAUCAAAUGCCAUUUCAGAUCCCCCAAGUGUCCUAGAAAAGCAGUGUCCAUGAUGCAUCAAGAACAGAAGUUCAAUAUGUCUAUCAUUAAUGACCCACCCAUGCAGGUUCUUGAACUCAAGUAUCAUGGAGGGAUAAGCAUGUACAUAAUGCUGCCUGAGAAAGACAUAGCCCAAAUUGAAAACAAAUUGAACUUUCGCAAUGUAAUGGACUGGACCAAUCCAAGAAAAAUGAAGGCACAGUAUGUGGAGGUGUUUCUCCCUCAGUUCAAGAUUGAGAAGGAUUAUGAAGUCAAAGACCAUUUAAGAGCUAUGGGGCUGAAAGAUAUCUUUGAUGAAUCCAGAGCAGACCUGUCGGGUAUAGCCUCAGGAGGCCGCCUCUAUAUGUCCAAACUGAUGCACAAAUCCUUCAUAGAGGUCACCGAGGAGGGCACUGAGGCAGCUGCUGCCACAGGAAACAACAUUGUGGAGAAGCAACUUCCUGAAUCGACGGUGUUCAGAGCUGAUCACCCAUUUCUCUUCUUCAUCCGAAAGGGUGACGUCAUCUUAUUCAGUGGCAAAGUUUCCUGCCCUUGA